AUGGCAGACGAUAAGUAUUAUACUUUGGCAGAGGGUUGCCCUUUCGCAAACAAUGCAUCGGCUGUCCUGAUGCGUGGAAAACAAGGAAGUGGGCUCGGCUUGCUUCAGGAUACUCAGCUUAUCGAGACCUUGGCUCAUUUCUCUCGCGAGAGAAUCCCAGAGAGGGUCGUUCAUGCCAAAGCUGUCGGAUCCUAUGGGGAAUUCGAAGCCACCCGCGACUGUUCCGACUUCACCAGCGCCAGCUUUCUCAACAAGGUCGGAAAGAAGACGCCAGUACUCCAGCGCGUAUCAACUGUUGGGCCCGAGUCUGGAUCUGCUGAUACUUCUCGUGAUGUGCACGGAUGGGCCAUGAAGUUCUACACCGAUGAGGGAAACCAGGAUUUUGUUUUCAACAAUACUCCCGUUUUCUUUAUUCGCGACCCACUCAAGUUUCCUUCUUUGAAUCGCUCUCAUAAGCGACAUCCUCAAACGCAUCUUCCCGACGCAAACAUGUUCUGGGACUUCCAUGUCGGCAACCCUGAGGGUAUCCAUCAACUUCUGAUACUGUUCAGUGACCGUGGCACCCCAAAGUCGGUUCGCUAUAUGCAUUCAUACAGUGGACAUACAUAUAAGUUCACCAAACCAGAUGGUUCUUUUAAAUAUGCUAAAAUUCACGUGAAAACACAGCAAGGAGUGGAGAACCUCUCUUCUCAAGAAGCUACCAGAAUAGCCGGAGAGGACCCUGAUUUCAUGAUUCGUGACAUGUUUGAGGCAAUUGAGAGAGGUGAAUAUCCAACAUGGAAUAUCUAUGUCCAACUGAUGAGCCCCGAGGAAGCCGAGAAUUACAAGUGGAACAUCUUCGACAUGACCAAGGUUUGGUCGCACACGGAAUUUCCUCUGCAGCAGAUCGGCCGUCUUACCAUGAACCGCAACCCGCAAAACUAUUUCGCCGACAUCGAGCAGGCUGCAUUCUCACCCUCGACGAUGGUGCCUGGCAUCGCUGCCUCCGCCGAUCCAGUGCUGCAAGCAAGACUAUUCGCGUAUCCAGAUGCAGCCCGCUACCGCCUUGGCGUCAACUACCAGCAACUCCCAACCAACGCAGCGAAAGCGCAAGUCUACUGUCCUUUUCAGCGUGACGGAGCCAUGAGAUUUGACGAUAAUUACGGUGGUGACCCAAACUAUGUUGGCUCCUGGAUCAAGCCCACCAAGUUCUACCAAGACGCGAAGGGGAUUAGAGCCUCUGCACUGGCCCUACACACCGAUCAUGAAAAGUGGGUGGGAGAGGUCUCCGCUUACACAAGCGAGAUCACAGACGACGAUUUUGUUCAGCCUGCAGCCUUGUGGGAGGUCCUUGGGCGCGUUUCUGGUCAACAAGAUAGAGUUAUUGAAAACCUUGUCGGUAGUCUUACGGGUGUCAAGUACCCUGAGUUGCGUAGGGCUGUCUAUAGCCUCUUUGGACGUGUCAAUAAUAAUCUCGGGUUCAUGUUGCAGGAGCGUACUGAAGCAGUGAUCAAGACUGUCCAGAAUUAG